AUGCUUGGAGCCAGUAGUGGUAGUAUCAGUGUUGAUCUACAAACUAUUCCUAACGAACCUACUCGAUUUAUGGCUGAUCCAACAGGAAGAAACCGCAUGGAAGAUGCUAUUAUAGCAUGGACCUGGAAGAGUUUUAUUGACAAUCCAAGUAAUCCAUAUGAACUUAUUCUGAUGCCUAUGACCAAGGCUGCAGUUCGUGCUAUGGAUGCUGUGCAGCAAUUUGCAACUCAACUCGGAAUUCCAGUACCUGGAACAUUUGUUAUCAGUGGUGCUUCUAAGCGUGGAUGGACAACCUGGACAACGGCUGCUGUUGACAAUGUGCGUGUUAUUGGUGCCAUACCGAUCGUGAUGGAUAUGGCCAAUUUCCAGAAGAGUCUUCAUCAUCACUUUCGAUCUUUGAAUGGUUGGACAUUUGCCUUCAAGGACUACUACGAACUGAAUAUUACUCUCUCUGUUGAUAAUCCAAACUUGCCUAAAAUGUCAGAGAUUAUUGAUCCAUACUAUUACUUUGAACGAUACAAAAAGACAAAAAUCUUACAAGUACAAUCGGCUGGCGACGAAUUUUUUCUACUCGACAAUGAAGAGACAUUUUGGCAAGAAUUACAAACAGUCACGGGUGGCACUUAUCUCAGACGAUUACCUAAUGCUGAUCAUUCAUGUGCUGGCCAUGAAAUUAGUCUAUUCUGGACAAUGCGAAGCUUCUAUCUAAGUGUCUAUGAAAAUAGACCAUUUCCUUCUCUUCACUGGAAUAAAACAUCAAACAGUACGCAUGGUUAUAUUCGUGCCGUCGUCGAUUUUAGUUAUGGUCCCAAACCGAUGAGUGCCUUUGGUUAUCACGCUCGUACACUGAAUGAUCAAAGACGGGAUUUUCGUCUGCUCAUAGCUGAUCCUAAUCAUCCAGGAAAAGCUACUCCCAAUCCGGUGAUUUGGUUUCAUACUCCAGUUGUCACUGAAGGACAAACUUCAACAACUAUUGUUUAUUCAUUGACCAUUGAAAGUCCGUCGAAUGGCUGGGAAGGUUUUUUUAUUCAAGUAAACUUUGCUGGCCCAGAUGGUACAGUUCUAGAACUUACCACAGAAACACAAGUCGUUCCAGAUACAUAUCCAACAGCUGACUGCUUUAAUGAAGGAUGUUUUGGUAGUCUCGUGUAA